AUGUCACAACCAAUUGAUGCAUAUCCAAAUCCAGAGAUGACUGAUCAAGCAAGCCCCUCGCCCUCCAACGGCUCGUUCGGGCCGGUUUUCGCAGUGUUGGCUGUGAUCGUGGUGAUAUCGGCGGUGGCGUGCGUGCUGGGGCGGCUGUGCAGCAAGCGGAUCCACCACCCGAAGAAGAAGGCGGAGCACGACCACCCGGCCAAGGGGAGCAAGCAGAGCAAGGGGCUCCCUAAAGAGUGGGAGUCUAAGCAGAAACCCUUCGAUAUCGAAUUCGGAUUUGAUAAGAGAAUGCCGCCCAAGAAUGGAGGAGGGAAGCCGAAGCAGCAGCAGCCGCAGCCGUAUCAGAACGGAGGAGGGAAGCUGAAGCCGAAGCCGCCGCAUCAAAAUGGGGGACAUAAUAAACCAGUAGAUAUCAGAUUUUCAAACAAUGUUUAA